GCCGCGGCACACGCGACAAACGUAAAUCGGAAUGUCAAAAAAUAUAUAGUUCAACACAGAACUCGAACCUACCAAACAUUGUCUGUUGAAAAACACAAUCUCUUUAGAAUUUCAAUCAUCACCAUCGUAUUCGUCAUUUGUCAAUGAUUUUUCAAAAUAUCCACGAAUAAUGGAAGCUACCAAUGGUCAACUGCAAACGAAAUACCAGAAGAUCGCGACGGAAUAUUCGAAAAUUCGUGCACAGGCCAAUGUGUUGAAAAAAGCUGUAAUUGACGAACAAGUACGAAAUGUCGAGAUAAGGGAACAGCUAAAAGAGAAAGAUGUGGAAUUACGAAAAGCUGAACAAGAGUUAGAUAGUUUAACAUUUAGAAAUCAACAAUUGACCAAGAGAGUUACUUUCCUUCAAGAAGAAUUGGACCAUGUUCAAAACAAGUCUAAAAAGGGUAGAAGCAAAUCGACAGAGAACAAAGAUCCCCAAGUCGCUCAACCUAAUCACAUUUAUGUGGAGGAAUUUCAGAAAAAAAUUAUGGAAAAUGCUCAAUUGUUGUCCCAAAUUGCAGACAAAGAAGGUGAAAUUGAAUCUCUUAAUGAGCGAAUCAUUCACCUUGAAUACAAACUCAGACAGUCGGAAAAAUCUAAAAUUGAAUUAGAUAGCAAAUAUCAAGAGCGCGUAGACAAACUUGAGAGAGAAAAGAAUGAUGUUCAGCGAAAAUUAGCAGAAAAACAGAAACAGGAAGAGACAACUUCUUGGUCAAGCGUCGAGGGAACAGAUUGCAAAGUCAGCCUAAACAACCAUCGACAGAACGAUCAAUCUCCUUUUUCAUCGCCCUCCGUCUCACGUAGAUCCUCCAAAUCGUUGGGAGAUCCGAGAACAGCAAAAAUUACUGGUACUGAUGACGAGUCUCGUGACGAAUUUGAAUUCGUUAAGCUCGCAGAUCUUGAAAAAGAAUUAAACCAGUGGAAAGCUGAUUAUCAUAUCCUCAAAAUAAAGUACGACGAGAUGCAGCAAAAAGAAGCUUCAGAGACUAGUCAACUUGCAAAAAGUCUUUUAGAACCUGUGGAAAUCAGUAAUAUGCUUGGUCGAUUAAAUGCACCCUUCACAAUACCAGAGGAGAUCGAAACUCGGGAAGCCAAAAUCCGGGAUUAUUUUUUGCGUGAGAUUGACAAGUUGAUAACGGAGAAGCACAUUUGUCACGUAGAAAAUUUAGCCAUAGCUGCUAAUAACGAAGUGUUGAACGUUCAUCUCGAGACAAGCGAAUCAAAGCGUGAAAAGUGUGAAACCGCUUUGCACGAGACGAUGUUGAAUUGGACGAGUUUACAAGAGGAUAGAGAAGUAAGAGAAGGCAAUUAUAAAUCACAGUUGAGCACAAUGAGUGAGCAUCUUGCAAAUAUGAACGAGAAAUUAAUCCGCCAAACUGAAGAAAUACAACAAUUGAAAUUCGAACUUAGUAACAAGAAUGUAAAAAAGGGAAAGCAAAAAUGAACAUAAACAGGUGCUCUUUAGCGAUCAACGACAUUCCAAAAUAUUUUCCUCAGCGUGCUCGAAUUUGUGUACAUAAUCGAAAACCAUGAAAACUACAUAAGUUUCAAAACAAAAAAAAAUUGAAACGGAUACCCACCAAAUUUGGUGAUACCAAUUUAUUUGUAGAUAUGCGGCUCUUAUUUGAUCGAUGUUAUUACUUCUAAGAUGCGAAUAAGAACAUGAUGGAAUAAAUUACUUUUCAGUCUAUGAAGCAAAA